ACGGCAUAAAUUCCCACAUCAGAACAACCUCUGGAUUUCGCCUUUUUCCUGGGAUAUUACCAGAAUCCCACUUGUGCUUCAUUAAACGCCCGCCUGUCUCCUCCCAAAAAGUAUAUUAAAAAUUACUAUUUCUUUACCUCCAAGAAGGCAAGAACCCACAAAUAUUCACACUUACAUUCCCUUGUUUGAAGUCUGAACUGUCUGCUUUCACACCACUCUCCAAUUCUUGACUCCUUUUUUUAACGACCCCCCGUCUUGACUUUCAUCCCCGUCGACUCUCUCUCUCUCUCUCUCUCUCUCUCGCUUCUUCCUUGAAUUGAAGGUUCUGGCUGUCAAGUUUACUUCCGCAAGACUAAAGGGGCCUGUUCUUGGUAUAUCUCAUAUUCAGUGUACAGUAGCAUGUGGGCAGUAUGAACAGUAUCUGGGAGUAGGAAUCGUGCUCAAGAAAUAUGGCUCAUGGUAAUAGAAGGAGAAAUGCUAGAUUCACUUGAUAAUAAUGAAGGAAUUUAGCUCUCGUGCAAUAAGUUUUGCCUGGACUUGGAAAUAUCGAUUCAAUGUCGUCCAAUAGGAGCUCUAUGAAUGGUCAUGAUAAUGAUCGGGCUCAGACAUGGAGACCUGAUAUUUCAAACAGGCACGGUCCUGAAGCAAAUGCUAUAUCUAGGGAUUUGACGGAUGACAGUACGCUUAACCAAGUUCAUGAUCCAGAGUCCAUGGAACUUUACUCAAGGGUCAGAGAACAGCAGGAGGAAAUUCUUAAUCUUCGUGAACAAAUUGCAGUUUCCUGUGUUAAGGAACUGCAACUUUUGAAUGAGAAAUAUGCUCUGGAAAAAACAUUAGCUGGUUUACGACUGGCUGUUGAUGAGAAGCAACUUGAAACCAUAGCUUCUGCCUCAAACCAAUUGGCGUUCAGAAAAGGCGAUCUGGAAGAACAUCUUAGAUUGACUCAUGAGUUGAAGGUUGCAGAGGAUGAAAGAUAUGAUUUCGUGUCAUCCAUGUUGGGUUUACUUGCUGAAUAUGGCAUUUGGCCUCGUGUUAUUAACGCCUCAACUCUUUCCAGUAAUGUAAAGCACUUGCAUGAUCAACUGCAGUUGCAGUUAAGAACUUCACAUGCUCAAAUUGAGGAGAUAAUGUCUAUGGCGGGAAAUCAUGCCAGGGAUGGAUGGCUUGAAAGAGAUGGCCAACUUCCUCAUAGAUCCUCAGUACAGUCGCCAUAUUUUCAGGAUUGGCAUUCUUUGGUCCCUAAUCGGUAUACAGAGCAACAUUUGGAACCAAAUGAUAACUUGUUAAGAAAUAUGCAUGGCAGCGAUCUUCCACAAAUGACACCCUUUGUACAUGGUGAGAUGCAAGAACUAUUACAUAAUGGCAGCUCACAGAAGGUCUCACCCAGUAACGAUAGGAGGUUUGUGGGCCCAGAUGGUUCAUCAGACACAGCUGGGGCGAAUAUAAGGUCUGAUUCACCUGAAGAAAAGACACGCGACCCUUCAUUUCGUUUUCCAACCAGGCAUGAUGAGUUUGAUUCUUUUCGUUCAGAAGAGGGCCCUGGGAUAGAGGAAUUCCAAAUCAUUGGCGAGGCUAAACCGGGGUACCGACUUCUAGGAUGCGGAUUUCCUGUUCGUGGAACUUCUCUCUGCAUGUUCCAGUGGGUUCGUCAUCUUCAGGAUGGAACAAGGCAGUACAUAGAGGGAGCUACAAAUCCAGAAUAUGUUGUCACUGCCGAUGAUGUGGAUAAACAUAUUGCCGUUGAGUGCAUACCAAUGGAUGACCGAGGCCGUCAGGGGGAGCUGGUGCGGCUUUUUGCUAAUGGUCAAAACAAAAUUACCUGUGACCGAGAUAUACAAUUGGAGAUUGACACCUAUGUCUCUAAAGGUGAAGCCACAUUUAGUAUUCUGCUGCUGAUGGAUGCUUCGGAGACUUGGGAGCCAACAACUCUCGUUUUGAAACGAUCUGGCUACCAAAUCAAGGAUAACAGAUCCCAAGAAACUUUAAUUGCAGAGAAAUUCUCUAAAGAUUUAUCGAUCAAAAUCCCUAGUGGGCUCUCUACUCAAUUUGUUUUAACACGUUCAGAUGGCUCUUCACAUCCGCUCAACACAUAUAAUGAUGUUCGAAUGCGUGAUACUCUUGUAUUGACCAUGAGAAUGUUCCAAAGCAAGGCGUUGGAUGAAAGGAAGAAAGGAAGAGCGUAAACCCUCGUUUUUCUCAUUUAGGCACUGUACGUACAAGUCAUUAUUCAUUCUUUGUAGAAUGUAAAGGAAAAGAGGAGAGAAAAAAAACCAGUAAAUCUGUAUAAGGUUCAUAGAUUUUUUUAGCCGGAAAACAGUAAAUCCCUUCUUUGUAAAACACCCCUGUGAUUAUAACUACUAUAUAGGAAGUCAACUCUAGACUGUGAAUUGCAAAUAUUGUCUUAGUUGAUAAUUUCUGUAAGGUUUUCUUUGCAGAGGAUUGAUCCUUGCAUAUGUGCUGUAUUGUAAUAAUUUACGUAAGAGCAUCUCCAUUUGGUCAUUU